ACUGUAAGAGCCCAGACACCAGAGCGGUCCUAGACCUAAGAGCAGGACAGCUAGGCAGACGGCACAAUGGCACUGAACACGCGGAUCCAGGCAGCCUGUCUCCUGCUCCUCCUCCUGGCCAGCCUUGCCAGCUCCUCACUUCUCCUGCACCAGACAAAACAGCUUGCAGACCUCCAGACUCAGGACACAGCUAGAGCCACAGCUGGCUUGACGCCUGGGCUCCAGAGGCUGAGGAGGCGAGACACCCACUUCCCCAUCUGCAUCUUCUGUUGCGGUUGCUGUCAUAAAUCAAAGUGUGGGAUCUGCUGCAAGACGUAGAGCUUCCCGGCCCUACUCUCCCUCCCUUAUUUAUUCCUGUCACCCUCCAACAUUUGGUGAAAGGUCUCAGAAUAAAAUGGCUGGUUCUAGCUUUUAUUUCCAAA